GGGGGGAAGGCGGCGGCAUCGCCCCCGCGGGGCUCCCCCCGCCGCACCCCGCUUUUCCUCAAAGUUCGGGGCGGGAGCGGGGGGGAGACCGGAGCCAACUUGUCCCGGAUCCCUUUAUUCGCCGCCGGAGCCGCCGUCUCUCCCAACCCCCGCGUGUAUUGCUGAUCGGAGGGACGGAGCUCGGUCCUGUGUCCGCCCCGCUCCUUCCUGCCCGCACCAUGGAGUUCGCCCAGAGGAAGAGGAGCAGGAAAUCCCAAAGCUUUAAACUGGUCAACGAAGAUUACCAUCAUGAGAUAUAUAAGAUCUCUGACUACAGCAAUGAUGUUAAUGGGGAGACCAAAGAAACACAACCAGUUUUUUUAGGAGAUGAAAGCCGGGAAAUUAAAAAACAAAUUACAGGGAUGAGAAGAUUACUGAAUGACAGCACUGGAAGAAUCUAUCAACGAGUUGGCAAAGAAGGAGAAAAACUGAAGGAGGAGCCCCAAGAUUUAGACUUAGCCUGGGCCCAGCGCCUGAAUCCCCCUGCGGAGUCCCAGGCGAGCCUUCAUCCGUCCCAGAGCGGAGCAUGGAAUGAGUUAUCACCCCAAGCCAGCCACCUGUCAGGGCAAUAUGGAACUCGAUCCAAAACAUUCCAAAAUCAGGCUCGAACUGUGGCAUCCAAUGGAGAAAUUCCAAUGGUGAAUUCAUCAGUUGGACCAAACUGCUGUACGUGUAAUUGCCAGUCAACCCUGCAGGCCAUUCUUCAGGAGCUCAAGACCAUGCGAAAAUUGAUGCAGCUGCAAGCAGUUGGGACUCAAAACAGACAGCAGCCUCCCGUUCCUCUGAUUUGUGCACAGAAGUCAACAAUAUCAAGAAAGAGAAAUAAAAAGAGAAAACUGCCCCUCAAAGUUGUUGAAGCAGUUUCCACAAAUAAGAAACCCAGCUCUCCAGAGAAUGAGAAGAGGCUGACAGCAAACUCAGAACAAUCGAGUCUGCAAGCAAUUGAACCCCCCCUGAAGCCAGAGACCCCUGUUUCAGGGUUUGGAAUUAUCCUUGAAUCAGCUUCAUCAGAUCCAGAAGUGCAACUUGCAGAAGGCUUUGAUGUCUUCAUGCCAAAAUCCCAGCUGGACUCUAUACUAUCAAACUACACUCGCUCAGGAAGUCUGCUCUUUAGGAAGCUGGUCUGUGCAUUUUUUGAUGACAAGACUUUGGCUAACUCUUUACCAAAUGGCAAAAGGAAAAGAGGGCUCAAUGACAACCGGAAAGGACUAGACCAAAAUAUUGUGGGUGCAAUAAAAGUCUUUACAGAAAAAUACUGCACUGCUAACCACGUGGAUAAACUUCCUGGUCCUAGGGACUGGGUCCAGAUUCUUCAGGAUCAAAUUAAACUUGCAAGAAGACGAUUAAAAAGAGGCUCAGCAGAGGCAACUGACUGUGAUGAGAAGCCGGACAUUUCUCUACUACAAACAGGUAACCUUUUCGACACCACAACAGACCACCUGAUAGAUGCAAACCCAGAUUUUUCAGUUUGAAUUUCACAUCCUGCAUCAGUGUUCUUAGCAGAUAGAAACAUCCUCUCCUUUGAGCAAUGUUCCUGCAAGCUCAGCACGAGACCUUCAGUGUACUACAAGACAUGGGCAUCCAUACAGUUUUUCUUACAAGUCUGUGUAUUUUCCAUGUAACCUCAAGUUAAUGAACCACCAGAUCUCUUCACUGUUCUUCAUCUUAAUUAAGAUGAUUUCCCUCUGCAUCCCAUGCAUUACUGAAUUAGCGGGGUACCCACUCUGAGGUCAUUCUCUUGCCUGUGUUUCUCCUCCAUGAUUGUAUUUUUCCACAUGUUUGUAUGCCAGCAGUGUCUCAUCUUAAACCACAACCAAGUUGUGACUCUUCCUGUCC